UAUAAAAUUCAAAGUAAAAGUACAAUUUCUUAUCAAACCGUAUAGAAGAAUCCGAUUCCUCUGCGGCUCUAGGAAUAUAUACAGUACAUUACAAAGUAGUAAACCUUCAAUUCCAAUUCAAGCCAAACAAGUGAAAGUGAAACAACAACCCUCUCUCACUCAGGAAAAAAAAAACCUUAAAAAAUAAUGUCAAAUUUCAAGAACGGUGACUAUACGGUUGAGGAAACACGACCCAACAAACGGUUAAAGGAAAACGUCAACGUCGGUGACGCCGUUGAUGAUAACCGUCACUCACUAAAUUCUUGGUGUCCCGCUACCGUUAAAUUUCACGGUGCAAAUGGUAUUAACGAUUCUGUAACAGUCGAUCCGUGUGGUUUCCGACUUCACCAUGAUAGUAUCAAUGACGUUGACUGGGUCCCACCUCUCCGUCAACAACUUCAGGAGAAACCACUUGAGAUUGAACAAAAGCCUAAAAAAUUGAAGAUUAGAAUAAAAAAAUACACAGGGAAGCCAAAUAUUGAAUCGAAGUUUAAAAAGGGUGAAAAAGUGGAAGUUAGUAGUGAUGAAGAAGGUUAUAAGGGUGCUUGGUUUGUUGCAUCUAUUGUUGACACAUUAGAAAAAGACAAGUUUCUAGUUGAAUAUAGAGACUUGAUGAAUGAUGAUGGAACUCAACUAUUGAAAGAAGAAAUUGAUGCUAUGUUUAUUAGGCCUUGUCCUCCUCAACUUCAAAAUUUUGGUUGUUACAAAAGGUUACAAGAAGUUGAUGCAUGGUACAAUGAUGGAUGGUGGAAAGGCAUGGUUGUUGGAUUGUUGAAUGGAAAAGAGUGUUUUGUUAGAUUUAUGUAUAAUGAAGUGUUGAAAUUUGAAUAUUCUAAACUUAGGCCUCAUCAAGAUUUGUUUGAGGGUAAAUGGGUCAUUUCUUCAAACAAGGAGUCAAGUGAGCUAGUGAAGAAGUUUGGAGAUGUGAAACCUAAAGUCAAGAAUCUAGCUGGAACAAAAUUAAUUUCAAAAUGUCAAAUUCCUAAUGAGCAAUAUGCAAAGCAGCAUAAAGAUGUAACUACAAGGACUAUAAACAAUAGAAGCAAAUUUGUAUUACAUUUCUAUAAAGGUGCAAAGGUUGAAGUUAGAAGUGAUGAAGAAGGCUAUGAAGGUUCAUGGUUCACUGCAACUGUUGUUGAUUUCUUGCAGAAUGGAAAGUACUUGGUGGAGUAUUUGUCACUGAAAACAGAUGAUUUGACUGAACAACUGAGGGAAGAAGCAGACGGUGAAGAUCUUAGGCCGUAUCCGCCGGAUAUCAAUCGGUUUCGUCGAUUUGUGGCGGGCGAAAGGGUUGAUGCUUGGUAUAAUGAUGGAUGGUGGGUAGGCCAGGUAUCUUGUGUUCUUGAUGGUUUCAAGUAUAGGGUUUAUUUUUGGACUUCAAAUGAGGAGCUUGAAUUUGAACAUUGUCAUAUGAGGCCUCAUCAAGAAUGGAUUGGUGGAAGAUGGAUGCUUGCUUCUUUGGGCUGAAGAUUUGAUCAUUGGUGAAUUGUUACUUGAGGUUCAUGAUACUGCCAACUUGAUGUUUUCACUGAGAUUGCUUUCUACUACCAUCAUUUACUCAAGAUUCCUAUUACUAUUAAAUAUAAGAGGCUUUAGGUAGUAGUGUUUUCCUUGAAUGAGUUUCCAUUUUUUUGAAAUUACUUAUGUAAAUAUGUGGAAUAUGCUUAAUUGCAAUGUCCAUCUUGGUGUUAAUUAAAUAGUAACUCCAAAUUUUCAAUGUUCAGGGAGAGAUCCCAUUUGAUGUUA